AUGGCAAUUGAUAAAGAAGUAACUAGCGAGAACAUCUCUGAAGUCACAACUGGUCAAAGAAUUACUUGUUCAAACAGCAACCAUGAAGUUUCUGAGUCCAGCAGUCAUAGUGGAUCUGAUGGCUCAGGCCAAGGAAAUGAUGAUUAUCUUACUGGAACAAUAGUUCAACCAACUGAGGAUGCUCCGAUAUUCAAAAGGUGGAAAGCAGCAAACAGCACAGAAGCAGCCAAGCAAACAUACUCAGAUAAAGAAGAUACUGCAGAAUCCUUUGAGAUAGAAGGAAUACUUCAUGAUUUGCAUCGAGGGGAUUUACUAGUCACUCAGUACUACAGCCGUCUCAAUCACUAUUGGCAGCGGCUUGACUUACAUGAGACCCACGAGCAGAACUAUAGUGCUGAUGCAACAAGUUUCAAAAAGAUUGUGGAAAAGAAACAAAUAUACAAAUUCUUAUUAGGCCUAAAUAAGAAUCUUGAUGAAAUUCGAGGUAGAAUUUUGGGAACUAAACCUCUACCAAACAUCCGAGAGGUAGUUUUAGAGGUCCACCGAGAAGAAAGUCAAAAGAAGGUUAUGUUAGGUACUCAAAACAAUCAACAGAUUACUGAGGGAUCUGCUCUUGUUGUAAGGGAACAAUUUUCCUCAUCCAAUGACAACUGUCAAAGGAGAGGAAGACCCUGGUGCGAUCAUUGCAAAAAACCAGGUCACACCAAGGAUACCUGCUGGAAAAUUCAUGGCAAACCAAAAAAUUGGAAACCUAGGGAAAGUCGUGGCCACCAUGUUUCAGUUGAGGAUAAACCAACAUAUCUAAACCCAAGUCCAUUCAGCAAGGAACAAUUGGAAAUUCUACAAAAAUUGAUCACUCAAUCCACACAAGGUUCAUCAUCUUCCAAUUCCAAUUCUGUCCUAGGAUCUGGAUCUUUGGCCUAA